GGAACACCUCUUGCUGGGCAGCUCUUGUGACAAUGUCCUGGCUGACUCUUGAUAGAGUGAUGACCAUCUCCCAGCUCAGCAGGAUGCUGCUAUGACCAUAUUUACAGCCAUAUUUACAGAAUGGUAGAAUUCCAUGAAUUCCUUAUUUCCUGAGUGGCUUCCAGAAGAAUCGUUUGUACCUUCUUUUCUUAGGCUAUUGGCUGGAUAUUGUUCUUGCUUCCAAAGAUUCAGAUGGCUGGGUAAAAGUCCUUGAGCAAAAUUCUGUACUGUGCUUACCAGAUGUGUUGAGGAACUGAUUAAGCAAAAUAACUCCUCUUGGUUGAAGCACUGAAUCCAGUCAGAUGAAGAGUGUCAAAAGGAGUCUACGAAUGAGACACCAAGAUGGCAGUUCCACUGUUGAUUGAGAGGUUGAGAAAAUGGACUAAUGCAUGAGUGCUGUGAUGUGUCUGUCCAAGAAAAGGAUUUUAAAUCAUGGACUCUCGUGGUAUUAAACCAGAGAAGAUCUGGGUUGUGAUCAUCCUGGCAAAUGGACUUUGCACUUGAAUUAAUAUGGGGACUCUCUCAGUGCCUAUCCAAUGAUGGAUCUCUUUGAGGACUGGGUGGCAAAAUGUUGCUCUCUGGUUGUGUAUGCGUUACAGGCAAAUUCAUUGGGUAAGAGAUCUGGUGCUACCCCUUUGGAGAAAAUGUAAUAUAUUUAUAUAUUUAAGUGAUUUAAUAAAAGGUUUUGGUUUCUUUCAUGCUUUGUGUUUGUUCUUUCUGGCUAAAUAUUUUUUUUCUUACUGUGUUGGUAUUGAAGUGGGUGAUGGUUUUGGUUGCUGUUAAAGUGUGGAAUAUUUUAACUGCUAAGCACUAAAAGCAAGGUAAAAUUUUGUGUUAUAUUUGCUUUAAAAUGUGGUUUUCAUUUGCAAAUUCUGUGCACUUUACCAUGACUGUCAAUGAAUUUUUAUUUGCUGGUUUGCUCAUUCAGGUGCUUGAUGUGAGGGGGUUUUUCAGCACUUGGCCUGUUGUCAGGAUACUUCUGCUGAACUCUGAAUCUAUUUUAAGAUGGAGUUGAUGGCAGUUGAAGGCUGGGCAAAUCCAGCAAUAAAGGAGUACCUGAAUGUUUUGUGUAACUUUUUUAGGUGUGCUGCUUGGGUUGUGUGUGGGUAUAGAAACUUUUCAACAGAUUUUCUGGACAAUAUAGUUCCUAAGCAGCCUAUUUGGUCUUAAAAUUGUUCUGUGAGAAUGUCCCAUCUGCCUCACUGCUAUUGAAUGUAGACUUGGUUGUGUGAUACUGCACCGUGUAUUUGAUGAGAAAAAAUUGAGUUAUUUUUGAUACUGUUACAGAUGACAUGUCAGCCUUUACAAAUGAGUUUUUAAAUGGUUAUAAUGUUCACAAACCCAUUUCCUUUCCAGUUUUUGGUGGGUCAGAUAGUUAAACUGUAGCAACCUUCUUAUGUCUGUUUCACCUGAAGUUCAUGGUUGUCUUUGUUUUCUGCUGGAGGGCCAACAUGGCAGACCUGGUGCUGAGAUCCCCUGGGUGUUUGCUUUUAAAAACAAACAGAACCCCAUUGUGUGUUUAACCAUUUGGCUUGCUCAGGCUUCUUUGUAGAUACCCACUUUUGCCAUGAUGAAUUGAUCAUACCUGUUUAAUCCAACCAUUUUGAUGAUGCACACUUGCUCAAGUUUGGUUUUGCCAUGUGUUUAUAUGGUGGAGAUAGGUACUGGGACCAGCCUAAAGGGUUUCCCAUUCAGAUGAGUGGAUUUCUUUAGUGUUGCCCAGAAUUGCUUGGAAUGGUCUUGGAUUGUGGUUUAUAGUUCUUGUCAUUUAGGUGCAAGAGGUCUUCUGUGAAUCAUCAGUAGAGUGAAAUUCUUUGAAAUGGACUGUGGCAAUGGAGUGUUGCUACUCAAACCCCUUGAUGUGGGAAGAUGAUAGGCUGUUGGAGGAUGUGAAGGGCAGAUGUGUGGAGGAGUUGGAGGGAACUCUUUGUUCUGCUGGUAGAAGCCAAUGUUUUCAGGGUGUUGGGGUGUUGUGCCAUUGAUUCCCCAUAGAAGCCCAAACUGGCCCUUCUCCCCCACCGGUCUCCCAUUGCCUGAUCUCAUUGUCCUGUUGUGAUGCUUCCACAUAUGCAAGUUGUCUAUAUGCUUUUAGGGGUCUGUUGCUUGUGGGAAGACAACUGGUAGUCAGAAUACAAGAGGUUGGGGGAUGCUUGGAUCUCCCCCACUUCCUCUGGAAUGCAUGCUCUCAAUCCAAGGAUGUUGUAUUUGAGGUGGCCCUUGAUGUCCAGUUAAUGCAGCUUGGCUAUUACAUGGCUUUUAAAUUAAUCUGUUGUGUUAAAAUCUGUGGAUGAACAUGAAUGGGUUAAGAAGGCGAGUUGGAAAUGCUGCUUUCAGUGGUGUUAGACUUGCUUCACAGUUGUGCCCUCCCACAGCUGAUGAAAAAUGUGGAGCUUUUGGUUUUUUGUUGCUGGGGGAAACCACUAGGGAGGCGCUGUUGAGCUGGAGGGGUUGAUGAGCUACGUGGGGCUUUCUUGGGAGCGGGUGCCGCUCUUGCCCCAAGCUUGAAGUGCAGUUGUUGGGUGGCGAAGGGAAGAGCUAUUGUCUGGGGAUAUUGCCACUGAAUUGAAUAAAAGCUACCCCUUGGGUGGGGUGACCCCCAAGAUGGGUUGGUGCUGGCUGCAUGGCUGUUAGCUCCACUUCCAUUCUUUCAAAAUGGCUUGUAACAGCACCACUUCCUGUCCAGGGAGGAAGUAAUUUUAGCCCAGGCACUGAAAUAUUUAGCAAAUCUUUAAAACAAAAGGCACAAAUUCCAUUUCUUUCUGGUUUCAAAAGGGUGCCUGAGCCAUAUGGGGUUAAGGUACCCCAUUAGCUGGGGUAGUUGGAAGAAGCUAGGGCUGUGGGGGGUAGCAGGCACCCUUUAGGUGGAGGCUAUCUCUUUUUUUGGUAGAAAUGAAGGGGUGGGUCUAUGGUACAUCACCUGAGUUGUGGGGUAAAUGUAGAGAGUGUCAAUCAAAGGCAGAGCUCAGAGCUGGGAAGGAGCUCUAGAUGGCGGCUGUGCCUUAGAGAGAGCGCGCUCAGCUCCGUGCCUUCCCCAACACUUUACGCAACUUUCCCUAACUUUCGGGCAGCCUCAGGGGGCCCCCACAGCCCCUCGCCUCUCCUAGGCACUAAUUGGGGGCUGAGUGGACCUUUUUCGGGCAGAAAAGCAGCUUUUGAGGGCUCCCUUUUCGUGCCUUGCUGGAAAGAAGAAGCCGUGGAGAGAGCCCAGGUCGUUGUUUUUCCAGCUUAGAAGCCAUGGCGUACCUCCAUUUUUGUGCGCUCUCCUAAUGAGCUUUUUGCCCCGGACAUUUUUAUACUAAUUAUCGCUUCUUUUGCUUUAUCUGCAGCAUAUUUUUUGGGAUUAGAAUAUAUAUUUUUUUUCAUUCUUUGAAAUUUGUAUUUUCUCAUUAUAACUCUAAAUAUUUUGGAUCUGAUGUUUUUCCACUACCCGAAACUAAUAUCGACUUGGUCCUGGCGGUGGUGCAUGGAUCAGGUAGGUGAGCAAUUAAUAAUCAUAAUUUGUACAUUUCUGCCGUUUUGAAUACUUUGAUUUUUGACCGAUUUGAGCUGUAUUGGGAUGACGCAAUAAGAUACAGAGAUUAUUUGCAUCCAGUGUUACUUUGGGAAAGUUUGCAGGAUGCUCCUCUGCUCUGUUUAUUCUCGGAUUUUCCUUGGAAAAUCGAUGAUUUGUUUGAAAUCUCCGUUUUGCCGUGUUGCUCAGUGUUGUGUAUUGUUACAACAAUAUCGUUGCAGCGUCAGGACUUUGUUCCUGCUAAUGAAAGCCAGUGAAACGAACUGGGACCUUACCUUUCUUUCAACUUUUGACAGUAAAUACCUGGGCACAGGACUUCAAAGCAGACAGACACCCCUGACCCCCUCUUAAUAUUAAAGAAUAAAAAGAUGAUGAGAAAUAAGGACAAAAGCCAAGGAGAGGAGGGUUCAGUCCACAGCAAUGCAUCGAGCCACUCGGCAUCUGAAGAAGCCUCUGGCUCUGAGUCUGCAAGCCAGUCUGAAAGCGAGCAGGGCAGCGAGUCAAACAGCAGCUCGGAGUCCUCUGAAAGUCAGUCUGAAUCUGAAAGUGAAUCAAUGGAUUCGAAAUCCCAGCAGACCCCUCCUGAAACCAAAGAAAAACCGGCCUCUAAGAAGGAAAGGAUAGCAGAUGUUAAGAAGAUGUGGGAAGAAUAUCCUGAUGUUUAUGGGGUUAGGAGGUCAAACCGAAGCAGACAAGAACCAUCACGAUUUAAUAUUAAAGAUGAGGCAAGUAGUGAAUCUGAAAAUGAGAGCCCAAAAAGAAGAGGCCAGAAGCAGAUGAAAAGAACAAACAAAUGGAAAAGAGUCAUCUCUGGGGAAGAAGAAGAUGAAGAUGGAGGGGAGCAAGGCAGCAGUGGAGAGAGUGAGCCUGAACAGAAGAAAAUUAAAGCAAGAAGACCUGCCCAAAGGAGAACAGUGACCAAAACCAGUGUUAAAAAGACUUACAAACCCCAGCGUGGGAAGAAGAGGAAGAAACCAGACUCAUCUGAAGAUGACGAUGAUGAUGAAGAUGAUGAAACCCCCAAGAGACAAACUCGACGAAGAGCAGCCAAAAAUGUCAGUUACAAAGAAGAUGAUGAUUUUGAGACAGAUUCUGAUGACCUGAUAGAGAUGACUGUGGAAGGAGCUGAUGAGCAACAAGACAACUGUGAAACUAUAGAGAAGGUCUUGGACAUCAGGCUUGGAAAGAAAGGAGCCGUUGGUGCUUCCACCACAGUGUAUGCAACUGAAGCCAAUGGUAACCCAAGCGCUGACUUUGAUCCUGAAAAGGAUGAGGGAGAAGUUCAGUACCUGAUCAAAUGGAAAGGCUGGUCGUACAUCCAUAGCACGUGGGAGAGUGACGAGUCCCUGCAACAGCAGAAAGUGAAGGGCCUGAAGAAGCUAGAGAACUUCAAGAAGAAAGAGGAGGAGAUCAAGCAAUGGCUGGGCAAGGUGUCACCUGAAGAUGUAGAAUACUUCAACUGCCAACAGGAGCUUGCUUCUGAGCUGAACAAACAGUAUCAGAUAGUGGAGAGAGUGAUAGCUGUGAAGACCAGCAAGACCACAACGGGACAUUCAGAACUGCCAGCAAGCAGUCGUAAAACAUCCUCGAAUGACCCUGAGUACCUGUGUAAGUGGAUGGGGCUGCCCUAUGCGGAGUGCAGCUGGGAGGAUGAGGCACUGAUAAGCAAGAAAUUCCAGCACUGCAUUGACAGCUUCAACAACCGUAACAACUCCAAAACCAUUCCCACUCGGGACUGCAAGGUAUUGAAGCAGAGACCGAGGUUUGUUGCCUUGAAGAAGCAGCCUUCCUACACUGGUGGUGAGAACCUGGAGCUGCGGGAUUACCAGCUGGAGGGCCUCAACUGGCUCGCUCACUCCUGGUGCAAGAACAACAGCGUGAUCCUGGCUGAUGAAAUGGGCCUGGGCAAGACAAUACAGACAAUAUCAUUCCUGUCGUACCUCUUCCAUCAGCACCAGCUCUAUGGCCCUUUCCUGUUGGUGGUGCCCUUGUCCACUCUCACCUCGUGGCAGAGAGAGUUUGAAGUGUGGGCACCCGAGAUAAACGUGGUGGUUUACAUCGGAGACCUCAUGAGCAGGAACAUGAUACGUGAAUAUGAGUGGAUCCACUCUCAGUCUAAAAGGUUGAAAUUCAAUGCACUUAUCACAACAUAUGAGAUCCUCCUCAAGGAUAAAGCUGUUUUGGGAAGUAUUAACUGGGCCUUUCUAGGCGUGGAUGAAGCCCAUCGGUUGAAAAAUGAUGACUCUCUGCUGUACAAAACACUGAUUGAUUUCAAGUCCAACCACAGGCUCCUGAUCACAGGCACCCCGCUUCAAAAUUCCCUCAAAGAACUCUGGUCCCUGCUGCAUUUCAUCAUGCCAGAGAAGUUUGAGUUCUGGGAGGACUUUGAAGAGGAUCAUGGGAAGGGUAGAGAGAAUGGCUACCAGAGCCUCCACAAGGUCCUGGAGCCAUUUCUGCUACGCAGAGUGAAGAAGGAUGUGGAGAAAUCUCUGCCAGCCAAAGUGGAGCAGAUCCUCCGGGUGGAAAUGUCUGCUUUGCAGAAACAGUAUUACAAGUGGAUCUUGACAAGAAACUACAAAGCUCUGUCAAAGGGAACGAGGGGGAGCACUUCUGGUUUCCUGAACAUUGUGAUGGAGUUGAAAAAGUGCUGCAACCAUUGCUACCUUAUCAAACCUCCUGAGGAAAACGAGAGAGAGAAUGGCCUUGAGACCCUGCAGUCUCUGGUCAGGAGCAGUGGAAAGUUAAUUCUCUUGGACAAGCUGCUGACCAGGCUGCGGGAGAGAGGCAACAGAGUGCUGAUCUUCUCCCAGAUGGUGAGGAUGCUGGACAUCUUGGCAGAGUACCUGACUAUCAAACACUACCCUUUCCAGCGCUUGGACGGCUCGAUCAAAGGGGAGAUCCGAAAGCAGGCGCUGGACCACUUCAACGCGGACGGCUCUGAGGACUUCUGUUUCUUGUUGUCAACGCGAGCUGGAGGACUGGGAAUUAACCUGGCCUCUGCUGAUACUGUUGUUAUCUUUGAUUCGGACUGGAACCCCCAGAAUGAUCUGCAGGCUCAGGCUCGGGCUCACCGCAUUGGUCAGAAGAAGCAGGUGAAUAUUUACCGCCUGGUCACAAAAGGAACUGUAGAGGAGGAGAUCAUUGAGAGGGCCAAGAAGAAGAUGGUGCUGGAUCAUUUGGUGAUCCAGCGUAUGGACACCACUGGUCGGACUGUUCUGGACAACACCUCUGGGCAGUCCAACAGCUCAAACCCUUUCAACAAAGAGGAGCUGACAGCUAUUCUGAAAUUUGGAGCUGAAGAUCUCUUCAAGGAGCUUGAAGGGGAAGAAUCGGAGCCUCAGGAGAUGGACAUUGAUGAGAUUCUGCGUCUGGCUGAAACACGAGAGAACGAAGUAUCCACCAGCGCCACUGAUGAGCUCCUCUCCCAGUUCAAGGUGGCCAACUUUGCAACCAUGGAGGAGGAAGAGACAGAGCUGGAGGAGCGGUCUCAGAAGGAUUGGGAUGAUAUCAUUCCAGAGGAGCAGAGGAAAAAGGUGGAGGAGGAAGAAAGGCAGAAAGAACUGGAGGAAAUCUAUAUGCUGCCUCGAAUCCGGAGCUCAACUAAAAAGGCUCAGACAAAUGACAGUGAAUCAGAUGCAGAAACGAAGAGAAGGCUUCAGAGAUCAUCUGGAUCAGAAAGCGAGACUGACGAUACCGAUGAUGAGAAGAGACCAAAGCGCAGGGGACGUCCUCGCAGUGUUAGAAAAGACACUGUGGAAGGAUUUACUGAUGCUGAAAUCAGGAGGUUUAUCAAGGCUUACAAGAAGUUUGGAUUGCCUCUUGAACGGCUGGAGUGUAUUGCCCGGGAUGCUGAGCUGGUGGAUAAGUCUGUGGCUGAUCUGAAAAGGUUAGGGGAACUCAUCCACAAUAGCUGUGUGUCAGCAAUGCAAGAAUAUGAAGAGCAAUUGAAAGAAAAUCCAGGUGAAGGGAAAGGGCCUGGGAAAAGAAGAGGACCUACUAUGAAGAUUUCCGGUGUCCAAGUCAAUGUGAAAUCCAUCAUCCAGCAUGAAGAGGAGUUUGAAAUGCUGCAUAAAUCCAUUCCUGCAGACCCAGAGGAAAGGAAGAAGUACCGCCUGACGUGUCGGGUCAAAGCAGCCCAUUUUGAUGUCGACUGGGGAGUGGAGGAGGAUUCUCGGUUGUUAGUGGGAAUUUACGAGCAUGGCUAUGGAAACUGGGAACUAAUUAAAACAGAUCCAGAACUGAAGCUAUCUGAUAAGAUCCUACCUGUUGAGACAGAUAAGAAACCUCAGGGAAAACAGCUCCAGACCCGAGUUGAUUAUCUACUGAAACUGCUGAAGAAAGAUCUGGACAAGAAGGAAAACAUGAAAGAUGGGGAAGAGGGCAAGCUAAAGAAGAGGAAACCACGAGUAAAGAAAGAGAACAAAGCUCCCAAAGUCAAAGAUGAGCAUGGGAAUGAACUCCUCUCUCCUCGGCACUCAGACAACCAGUCAGAAGAAGGUGAAGUCAAGGAGGAUGGCUUGGAAAAUUGCCCAGUGAAAAAGAAACAGAAGAAGAAAGAGAACAAAGAGAACAAGGAAAAACAGACAACCACUAAGAAGGAAAAAGAAAGCGAUAAAGAGAAAAAGAAGACAAAAGAGAAGAAAGAGAAGCCUAAAGGUGGUGAAGCCAAAUCAGGAAAUAAAGGGAAGAGAUCGCAAGGUCCUGUCCACAUUACUGCAGGGAGUGAACCAAUUCCCAUCGGGGAGGAGGAAGAUGAUGAUCUGGACCAAGAAACAUUCAGUAUAUGCAAGGAAAGGAUGAGACCAGUCAAAAAAGCACUGAAGCAACUCGAUAAGCCUGAUAAGGGACUGACAGUUCAAGAACAGCUGGAGCACACACGCAGCUGCCUCCUAAAAAUUGGGGACCGCAUCUCUGAGUGCCUUAAAGCCUACACUGACCAGGACCAUAUCAAGUUAUGGAGAAGGAACCUGUGGAUAUUUGUGUCAAAAUUCACAGAAUUUGAUGCCAGAAAACUGCACAAACUGUACAAGAUGGCUCAUAAGAAAAGAUCACAGGAAGAAGAGGAGCAGAAGAAGAAGGAGGACAUGUCCAGCAUGAAGAAGCCGUUCCGCCCAGAGCCUUCAGGCUCCAGCCGCGACUCCAUGAUGUCCCAGUCUCACGUGCCUCACAACCCUCAUUCCCAGAAGAUCCACUUGCCCCCUUCCCAUGCCCAGCAGCAGAUGCACGGGCACCCACGGGACAACUAUGGCCAUCCAAACAAAAGACAUUUCAGCAACACGGACCGAGGGGAAUGGCAGAGGGAUCGGAAGUUCAACUACGGUGGCAACAGCAACCAGAUGUGGGGCGGGGAGCGGCAUCACCAGUACGAGCAGCACUGGUACAAGGACCACCACUACGGGGAUCGGCGGUCUCGUGGGGAGCCCCACCGGAGCUCUGGGAGCUACAGACCCAAUAACAUGUCCCGCAAGAGGCCGUACGAACAGUACAACAGUGACCGAGACCACCGAGGCCACCGAGAUUAUUACGACAGGCACCACCACGAUUCCAAGCGUCGGCGAUCUGAUGAGUUCAGGCCUCAGAACUACCACCAGCAGGACUUCAGGCGGAUGUCUGACCACAGGCCACCCAUGGGAUACCAUGGCCAAGGACCUUCGGACCACUACCGGUCCUUCCACACAGACAAAUCGGGAGAUUACAAACAGCCUCUCCCUCCACCUCACGCUGGAGUGUCGGACCCUCGCUCACCCCCCUCUCAGAAAUCCCCCCUCGAUCCCAAGUCCCCUCUGGAUCACAGGUCACCUCUGGAUAGGUCAUUAGAACAGAAGACCAAUCCAGAUUAUAACUGGAACAUUCGGAAAACAUAAAGUGACUGAGAGGGAGAAGGCAGACAUCUGAAAUACUUGGUUUGAUGCAACAACUGCUGCUUUCUCCAAGACAACAACCACAAACUUUGAACAUGCUGCUAUCAUCUUCCUGGGUCAGGGAGGAAAUUUGGGGGAUUAGGUAGAGGAAGAUUUUUUUUCCCCUUGUUUUUUCCCCUCAUUUUCCCCUUCAUUCUUUGUUCCAGUUUAAAUUCCCAUUUCCUUUCUUCUCUUUUGUUACUGGACGUUGAAACCAGCCUUGCUGCCUCAUUCCUUGUUUUGUUCUCCCCAGUCCAAUGGACACAAGGGAAUUGUCCCCUGUCAGUGUUUAACUCUGUUUCCUUUCCCUUCUUCCACUGUUGAACGUUGGAACCAGCCUUUGCUGCCUCAUUCAGUUUGGUCAUGUUUCCCCAGUCUGAUGGACCCAAGGGAUUUUCCCCCAGCCAGUGUUUUCCCAAACCAAGAAGGCAGAUCAAUGCUGCUUAAGGACUGUGCUUGUGUUACCUGACAGAUGCUGCUUUGGUAUUGGGGAUAAACUGGCGGGGAUGGGCUUUGUGUGAAACCAGCAUAGGGCAGUGGGAGGGUGUAUUCAAAGAGGGACAGAAGAGUCCCUCUGCAGCCAAACUUGGUUGAAAGAGGGACGUGGUGUCCCUGCGGAGUGACUCCAAAGGAGUUGGAGCCAUGCUGGUGACAAUCCAUAGCUUUCCUGGCCAUAUUACCAUUUCCAUGUCCCUAUCCAUUUCAAGAAACUGGUUCUGCUUUGACUAUUGUGUCUCCUGCAACUAAAGAGGUGGGGCUGACCUGCCGUCUCUAGGGCUACAACUGGCAAAUCUUGACUCCAGAGGGCUUUGGGAUAUGUGGGGGGAGAAAAAGACUUUCUUAACAAAGGCUUAUUAACUUGUAACUAAUAGGAAGUAAAUCAGGUGAGAACAGUAUUUCCCACUGGGCAGAGCUCAGGAAUUCAUAACAAAAACUCCUCUUCUCUUCUGACAUGGGCAGCUGGGAUGGUCCAGGUGCUGCAAGGUCAAAAGCUGGCUCUGGGCAUCCUGAGGCUCCUCAUCUCCCUGCCACUGAAGUGUUCUAGACUUUGGGCAAGUCAUUUGUCUGCACUUCAUCAAACAGUGAUCCAAAACCUCUGCUGCAACUGAAGGAUGAGGGAUGGUGGAGCAGAGCUCGGUAGAAGUGCAGUGGGCUGAUGGCUGUUCAGCUGUCAGCAGUAACUGCUGCACUGAAAGACAGCACCUAAGUGAGCAGGGAGAGAAUGAGGAAUUCAGGGCUGGGGUCCUUAAAUAUCCUUGGAGCAAAUGUCUUAAGAGCCCAGCAUGGCAGAGGGAAGAGAGGAGUCUGCAGCCCAGCUCAGUGCACUUAGAGCAAACACUCCUCCAAGUCUUGGAGCCUCAGUGUCUGAUGCAGAACCGUGUUCAGCCUGUAGACGGGUGCGAUGAGAGGGGCUGUGCACAGGCUGCUGGCCAGAAGUAGCUGUGGUGGUGGUGAUUUUUCAGGUCCUAGGCCUUUUUCCAUAGAGUCACAUCCUGGAGACCAGUCAUAAAGCUCCCCCAGCAGCCGGGCUGCCCAGAGCAUGGUGCAUCAUCCCCUGGAGCUCAGUGUUAAAGACCAGGCUGUUCCAGACUCUUUUUGCUGGGGGACAGAAGCCUGACCUCCUAUUGAGGUGCCAGUAUGUGACCCUAAUAAGCUGUGAUGUCCUUUCCCCAAAGAGUGAGGGGAGAUGGUGUUCAGGGCUGGCUUCCUGACUCCAGGCGGUGCCUUGGCAGGCACACACACAAACCAACACUAAUACCCCCAUGUCCCAUUCCAUGCCGUGUAUCCCUUGAAACCUGCUGCUGUCACUCCUUCCCGAGCCCGCUGGUUUAACGGGACACACGGGAAGUGUUUUGCUCUCCUUUUUGGUGUUUUUUAUUUUGCAAGAUUCCCACCAACUGCAGGGCAGCUCUGCUUGCUUAGGAGCACUGCACUGCCCUGCGAUAGUAGUGUUACACUCGUGUUGAGCUGUGCAGGAGGAGCUGAAGGCUUCCGCAGUCCCCCUUUGGAGCUGUGGGGCUAGGAGAGGUGUGAGAUAGCGGCGUUCCUCACUAAGCUGUGAUUGCAGGCGCUUGCUGUGGUAUUCAACAAAGAGGUCCUUUCUUUUCAGAGGUAUUAGCUUUUCAUGUGACAAUGGAGGAAGCCUCAGAGGAGCAAAGAGAGUUGCUCUUUUUGUUCACCAAGCGGUGCUAUCGUGAUGGAAAGCUCGUGCCAUACACUCAUAGCAGAAGGCAGUGCUGGCCAGACCAGUGUUACGGUUGGUGGAGGAAAACUCUGAACCCCAGCAAGAGGCAUUUUCUGUGCCCAGCUGUGGUGGUUUCUUGCUCAGCCCGGGUUCAGAGUAUGAGGUUGGUUGGGGUUUUCUUCUUGUGCAACAGCAAAAGCUUUUCCCAUAUCCACCAAAGAACUGUCCCCGCUGUCACCUUAGCCUGAUACUGCAGUCUCACAGUUUGGGGCAGCCACAGCUUCUCUGGGCAACCUGUUCUAGUGAAGAUGGAGAACUAGAUUUGGGAGGAAGUCCUCUCUGAGCACACACAUGCAUUUUAUGUCCUCUCAGCACAGGGACCAUAACCAGGCGCAGUCACUUGGAUGUGAGUGGGAUCGGAGGGGACAGGUCCACAGCCAUAAACUUCACUGCAGUGUUUGUAACAACAUCUGGUACAGCUUUUCCUUGUGAACCAGCUGCGAGAUUCCCUCUUGGCAGGAAGAAAGUAGCAAUUUGCUGGGGUUUUAUGGUAUAUGGUUUUUCAGCCUGACCCCUUUGGAAAUGGUGUAAAGUUUGUGUCAUGCACACGAUGGAAGUCCUGCAGACUGAAACCUGCUGCAGGCGCAGGCGAUGUGGUGCCCCACAGGAUGGAUACUACAGUGUUCUGACAGUCCUUCCCUGAACGGUUCAAGUGACCCCCCCAAAAAUACUGUUGUGCUUUCACCCAUUUCCUCCCAACCUCUGCCUCCCCUCCUGGGAGAGAAGGACUCUUUACUGUAAAAAACCACGGACUUUGAAACUUGUUGACUAAAAACAGUAAUUAAUAUUAAUUUAUAUUUGUGGGAAAGAAGAAACCCCCCCCCCAUGCCACUGUCCUAGUGAUUUCUGAUGUAAAUAUGUUGUUUAUAUAGUAUGUAUGAAAUUUUCCUACAUUGUAAAACUGCUGUACUUUUGAUUCUUGUAUAUUAAAAAGUGUUACGGAGAUUUU